AUCACAUAUCACUUUCACUUUAGUUCAAACACUACGUCGCCAUUAAAAGCAACAAAAAGAAGAACACUUUUAUGGAUUAGAAUCUGCACUCAUUUGUCUGAGCAGAAAGUGGCGAAAAUGAAACGUAUCUUUAAGUGGCUCUCGGUGUUCUUGUUUUUUUCCGAUCGUGGUGUUUAUUCAGACAGAGAUGAAGUGUCAGUGUCUGUGAAUGAGGGAGAUUCAGUCACUCUACACACUGGUGUUCAAACAAAACAACAAGAAGAGAUUAAAUGGUAUAUUAAUGACACUCGCAUCGCUCAGAUCACUGGAGAUCUCAGUUAUAACUGUACAGAUGUUCAGUGUAAUACAGGUACUGAGAGAUUCAGAGACAGACUGAAGCUGGAUCAUCAGACUGGAUCUCUGACCAUCAUAAACACUAAAACCACAGACUCUGGAGAUUAUGAGCUACUGCUCUUCAGCAGCAGCAGCAGUGAAAAGAUCUUCAAUGUUACUGUCCGUGGUGUUUCUGCUGCUGAACAAUAUAACAUGAAGACAAUAUCAGUGAACAAGGGAGAAUAUGUUAGUCUAGAUCCUGAUGAAGUAAAAGAUCCAAAUGAUGUGAUGACAUGGUAUUUUGAUGACACCAUAAUCGCAAAAAUCACUGGAGAUCCCAAAAAAACUACAGAUGUUCAGUGUGAAGAUGGUAAUGAGAGAUUCAGAGGGAGACUUAUGGUGAGUCAGACUGGAUCUCUGACCAUCACAAACACCAGAACCACAGACUCUGGACCUUAUAAACUACAGAUCACCAGCAACAACAGCAGCUUCAGCAUCAGCAGAGUUAAGAGAUUCAGUGUUUCUGUCAUUGGUGAAAUUGCAGGAAUAAGUGCUGCUAUUGGUGGUGGUGUUCUGCUGGUGGCUGCAGCUGGUGUGAUUUAUCAGUGUUGCCACUGACCUACUAAAAAAAUCACCACAGAAAUAAAAUGAUCAUCUGUAGGAGACUCGUCCCCUAAACAGAACCAGACUCCCAAUGAAUCGUCCCCCAACCAGACUAAGACUGACGGUGAGACGUUAUUUUGAUGCUUUAUAUGAAGAUGAACACAGAAAAGACCUCAUGUGGAAAUUAUGAAGAGAAGAGCUCACAAUUGUAGCUCAGUAAUUGAUUUCAUUAGCCAGCCCUGUACCAAUAAAGUGAAAUUUGACCUAUAUUACAUAACAAUUUAAAUACAACAUAAAUAAAUAAAUGAUGCAUUAAAACAUGUAGGCUUAUAUUGCUUCAAAAAAGACUAACAAACAAUAAAAUAAGAAACAAAGCAACACGUUACAACAGAACACAGAACAGUUACAGAGAACACAGUUUUUCAGUAUAGAAGUUUACAAAUAGUUUAUUAAAGCUGCUAAAGUGAUUCAGACAGGAACAGUGAGUAAUUUGCUUCUCGUCAUUUGUACUGUAAGACCUAUUAUGUGUACAAGUAUACCUCACCAAGAAGGAGCUAUAUGACCAAAAAGUGCAUUUGACUUACACACAGCCUCAUAUGGGAGCUCUUCAUAGUUUGCACUACUGAUAGUGUUUUACUAGUAUUGUUGCUGUUACUGGAAAAGACUUGAGUCAUAAUGUUGCUAAUGUUUAUAACACUAACUCUUGUUCAUCCACCUUUAUCAUAAAACACUGGUUGACCAAAUAUGAAAUGGGAAUAGCACCAAACAAUCCUUAACCAGCUCGGUGUAGUAUAUGGAAAUGCAUUUAUUUAUUUUCCUAAGUUGGUGAAAUACUUUCCUUAGAGUAUCUAUUACGUUCAACACCAUAACUGAAUCAUGAUACAGGCUCAUGUUGUUACUCUGGAGUUAAAUCUGAAACAUAUUGAUGUGAUGUUUGUAACGAGGAAAUAUUACAGCACAAUUUUUACACAAAUGUGAGUAUACAUGAUACAACAUUGCCAUUUGUACAGUAAUUGAAUAUUCAUGUUUUAUAUCUCUUUAUUGUUGAUUUGAAUGUACAAAAAUGAAACACAGUGAAACUGUUACAUUCUGUCUUAUUGAAAUUGUGAACCAAACACUGUGAUGUUUUAUGAGGUGCUGAUUAGUUUAUAUCACUGCCAACAAGUUUAUGAAGUAGCUGUGCAAGGAUUGUCCAAUGUGAAGUUUUUUCUUCUUUUGUGUGUGUAAAUCAUGGAAUUUAAUUCUGUCAGUUUGUUUGUCUUGUAGAAUAUUAUCACUUUUUUUUGGAAAAUUUUAUGUUUUCUUUAACUUGUAUCACCCAAGAGAAAAUGUGCCUUAUGGUAAAAACCCAGCUAAACACUACAUUCUUUUCUGAAACAAGAAAAUAAACUUGUAAUAUCAAUG